AAAUGCAGCUUACUGCAAACACAAAAAGCUUUACUAAAAACUAAACUGUUGUUUAAAAAUCUUUUAUAAUAAAAAAAAUGGUUAGAUGUGAAGAAGUCAGAUUGUUUAUUAAAUUGAGAUGCAUCAAACAGUACAGUCAUACUGUAGUUACCACAUGCAGAAGAGAAUAACCAAGAAUACCAAGACACUAUUUGCUCAAUGUGAUUUUAGUAAUUACAAAAUGGGAGAACUACAGUACCUCAGAGAAAUAUCCCCACCUUUGUUUAAUGUUACACCUCCACAUGUUUCAUUGUUUUAUCAGAAAAACCACUCAACCGUUUAUAAAUGUAAAGUUUGAGGACAGUGAUGCAAUGUCUUUUAUUUUCUGCAAGUAAUCUGAGCUGUGUGGCAUGCAUAUAUAUCCCUUUAUUGUCCCACAAUGGGGAAUUCUCUCUCUGCAUUUGACCCAUCCCCUUGGGGAGCAGUGGGCUGCCAUUGCGUGGCAAUCAGGGUUUAAGGGUCUUGCUCAGGGACCCAGAGUAGCAGUCUGUGGGGAUCAAACCAGGUACUUGCAACCUUCUCAGAGCACAAGCGCACUGCUCUAACCACUAACCCAACAUCCCUCUUAUUCAGACAAGAUGUAAAGAUAAAAUCUGGGCUGAUAUCGUCAUCCAAUAUUAAUUUUGAAGUUAUGGCUGAUAACCAGUAUUUACCAAUCUUAGGUUAUAUAUUUCCCGAUCCUAUGGACACCUACAUUCCUGCCAUUCGUCAUUAUUUUAGUCACAUGACCAAACAAAGCCCAAUGAAACAAAAACAGCAACUACAAAUAAAUGUUUAUUAAUAUACUGAAACCCAGUGGUAGGUGUCGCAUAUGGUACCUAGGCAUUCAGUCGGCACACUUCAACUUAACCUACUUCUUAUCCCUUGGACGUCUAUUUGCAACAAUGACGUGUCAUGGUGUUAAUAUCACCAUUUUCAGAUUUUAAUAACAGAAACCCUCAAUAGUAUUCAAAUGAAAUGUUACAAGCACAGGUAUAACAGAGGAAGAUUAGUGUGAGGGUGAAUACAGAGAUCAAUUAGGCAAGAAGCCUAGUUAAGACAACAGCAAUCCUCUACUCUAUAACCACGGAUUUAUAAACAUUAGCCGUUCAGAUUCAAUAUGAAUCUAAUUACCAGAUAAAAUGGUGCAUAAAGCGUGGAAAUAAAAUAUAUCACAGUCACCAGAGAUGCUGAUUAUUUGUAAACAGAUUUCAUCCUUCUGUCUCUGUGCAGGAAGUCUUAGUAUUUUAAUUUAGUAUCAGUAAUUGAGGCCAGAAAAACUUUUAACAAAAGCAAAUCUAAAAUGCAGAUCGUCGUUAGCUUAAUUUGGCUGUAAACAUUUUGCUGUAACUGACCAAGCAGAGGACAGAAAUGGGGCAAAUCUGAAAUCUGAUUGGCAGAAGAAGAUAUUCCUCAUGAAUAUUGUUAAAGCAACAUCGACCAGCACUGCUGACUCUGGAGGUCCUGGGCAGAUUUGACGGAUGACAUAUCAACGCACCAAGGCUGAAAUGUGAUUGGACAAAAAAUAUAGCAACCACAGAAAGGUAAUGGAAGCAGCACAGCCAAGACAAACACUGAAAAUUUAAGACAAUGGUUUGUUUGGACUAAAUUAAUACAGAUGGAAAGAAGAAAAUCAAAGUUUAGGUUGUGAAUGUAAGUUAGUGUUUUCAGCGCUGCAUAGUCAUCAUAUUUCAACAGCCAAAAAACUUUCUUUGUUUGAACAUAAUUGUAUUCACAUUCUCAAAGGGUAGCUUCAUUCAUUUCAAGAAAUAUAUAAAUAUAUUUAGAUAUUUUUUGAAGUGCAUUAUUCAGCCACAACUAAUAAUUAUAGUAAUAAUUUUAGAAACCACUGCAGGUCUGAUGUUAAUACUUUGGUCAGCAUCUCAAACAGCUGCUUAAAAACUUCCAAAAUGUUAGCAGAUUUCUUUCGAUUGCUUUCUAAACACCCCUGUUCUCAUUUUUGUAGUUCAGUUAAAAGUUUUCCUCUCAACUAUUACUGUCAGCAGCUCCUCUUUAUGCUCCCAUAUCCUGUCAGUUUUGGGGGACAGCUUUGUCCUUGUAGUUGGCUGUUGUCUCAUUUCUUUUACAUGUUACAAAUCAUGGUUUAAAACACUGUGCUGUGAGAUUUUAAAAACUUCGGACGUUGUUCUUUAACUUAAAGGUAUUAUGGAGGAUUUUCACAAUUUUUUUUUAAAAGACCCGCCCUCUCCACUUUAAAAAAAAAAAUGUAAAUGCACAACCCUGUACCCGCCCCUGAAAGGGAACCCCUAAUUAAGGUGUGCAGAAGCAUGCACGAGCCCAUUUCUCCUCGUGCACAUUCUGUUUAAAAGUUGCUGUUCUCAUAGCUCAUCCGGGCUUACUGUGCCUGAACCCCUAAAUCCCUCAAUCACUAUAUAGAGUCGGGAGUAUACAGUGGACUUAAUAGUGAACUCGGUUAACUGACCGUUCAGACAGAUGAUCACUGCUAUUUGCUCCCCGUUGGUCAUGUAACUCCACCUCCAUCGCGCGGUGCUUGCGCCAUCUUUGUUAUUAGUCACCGCUGUCUGGUAGCGACAGUGGGCUGCUGUGAAAGGAAAUCCUAUAGUACUUUGCGCAAAGAAUUCUGGGAUAUAUCUGCCUCUUCUGAGGCCUUUUUUUUCUUCUCAUACACUUCAUAGACACUUUUUGUCUUAUGACCCUCUGCCGUUUUCAAAGAACUGCGGCGAGAAAGGUGAGCUUCAAUUACUGUCUGAAACCAUAGCUCACCACACGUUUUUGCCUGAAAGUGUGCAUGUGCAGAAAAAGAUAGCUAACGGGACGAGCACGUAGGACGGCCUUACGUGAACAUCUCACCAGAAUGAUUGACAAUUAGGAGGACCACUUUAGAUGAUCCACCUGGAAACAAAAGAUCGUCCUCUAUACCUAUAAUGCUUCUCACCAAUGUUAUCUGACCUGUAUGAUGCUUCUUUGGUCUUUCUCAUGCUGUUUAUUCUCUGGUGUUCUUCAAUGAAAAGUUGCAUUUAUGUGAUUAGUUACAGAGAUUGACUAUCUACCAGUUAAACGAUGUCUGCAUCCAACUGGCUUCAGCUGUUUUUCAUGAUUAUUAGAGCAACAGGGCUGACUAGAAAUGCAUGCCACACUUUUCAGAUUUAGUAUUUAGAAAACCAUGUUGCCUUAACCUUCCUCUGAACAUUUACGUUUUACCAUGUGUCAGUUCAUUAUUUUAAAAGGUUUGGGUUUGCUCUGCGUCAAAGUAUUGAGUGAAUACUUUUGCAAAUCACCAUACCACAGUGCAACACUUGUCACUUGGGAUGAAGAAAAGUUCCAAGCUUUUCCUCUUGAUUGUAUGCAAUUUUUGCAGCAGAUUUUUUUUUUCUUUCAACCAUUUUCUAUGAUCUAGUGGAAAUGUCCUUGAGAUUUUAGUAGCAGAGGCAUCCGGGCUUUGUGUGCGGAGAUGCAGAUGUUCAGGUGGGAGGAAAGGAUGGUGCUGCUCCGAGAAACCCUCCCCCUCUGCUGCUGCAUCCUCCUCUUCAUUUCCGGGUCAUGCCACGUGACUUCACUGCCCCCACAUAAAAAAAAAAAGUCCAAGGUCCCUGCUUGAUGGAUCAGUGAUUUGGACAGUGGGCAGGAAUCUUUGCUGUGAUUGGUAGUCCAGAAUAAAGAGGUGUCUGACAUUGGUAGGGUGGGUCUUUACCUCUUAAAGCCAAUCUGUUUGUUUUUGUUGUUGUUGUUGUUGUUUUUUUAAAUCUGCCAUGUAAACAGUUUGUAAAGGAGCAUUUCUUUAUUUAUUUAUUUUCAAAAUAUCCAUCUUAUAUUAAAACGAAAUAAGCUGCACAAUAGUGAGUGUUUUUUGUUAUUAAAAUGCGUAAUUCUUGCAUAAACAUUUAUGAAAAAUGUUGAAAAUUAACCAGAUCUGCUCCACUUGAUCAAUGUAAAAUAAUGAAAUGUAUGUAAAGGUUACUUAAAGCAUGUCGGUGCAUCACUACCUACGUAAUCUAAUGGUAGACAUUAAUAAGAGUCCUGCUUUAUUUCUCAUAUCCGAUGUGCGUUUUCUGUUAAAUUACACAAUGACGCUGCUUUACAUGAGAAUGUAGGCCCGUGGCGCUCAAUCAGCACCCCCCGCCUGAUCAGAUAGUGGUACAGUCCUGGUUCAUUCAUAAAAUUCUAGCAGGGCUUAAUAGGAGGGGCUUGCAUUCAAGUCAUCCAGUUACCAGGUAUAUACCUGGAGAAAAGAGACGCUUUCUCUGCACAGCGGAAGUCAGAUAUUUGUCAUUGAGCAGGACUGGUGUGGGUUUUAUUUAUUAUUUUUUAAAUAAUCAAUUAUUGUGCAUAAUAACGAAGGAAUAUGGAUGCAACCUUGCGGACAGAGUCUCCUGUCGGGACGCUUUGCCAGAAAACGCCAGAAGAGGAGAGCUCUCCAGCGUCAGAGAGCGGUGCCAAGUUACAGCAAUAUCCUCCACCCCAGAUUUCCAGUGGAUGGUCCAGCCUACAAUUAUUACAUCUGUCUCCCCAUCUCUGGGCAGCAAGCAAGCCAAUGAACCGCAAAGCUCUCACAAGGCAACACCCAAAGCAGGCGGGAGCAAAGGAAAAAAUGCUGCCAGAAAGGGGAAAACAGAGCAGCUGUCUCCAGAGGAGGAGGAGAAGAAGAGGAUAAGACGGGAAAGGAAUAAAAUGGCUGCAGCAAAGUGUCGCAACAGACGGAGGGAACUCACAGAUACGCUGCAGGCUGAGACAGACAAGCUGGAGGAGGAAAAAGCAGCCCUGGAAACAGAAAUAGCCAACCUGCUCAAAGAAAAAGAGCGGCUCGAAUUCAUCCUCACCACACAUAAACCAGUGUGCCAGAUCCAAGAGGAGCUUGAGACGAUUUUAGAGGCUUCUGCUAGUUCCCCAGAGUUGCCGCCCAGCUCAGAUGAGGAUCGCCUUCAGGAUGAAGGCAUCCAGGAAGCUCCAUCACUCCAGGACAUAGACAUCCCCAGUGAUCCGUCCACAGCAAUCUCUGGGAACUCCAAUAUCUUACUGUGCGCCAAUGCUGAAAUCAACAUCUCCGACCUUGAGCCCUCCCUGGACAUUAAGGAGGGGCUUCUGGACAAUAUGCUGCCUAGUUUGGAGGACAGAAUCCCCAUGGAAACGGCUCGAUCAGUUCCAGACAUAGAUUUGAGCAGCUCCCUCGGAGUCUCGGACUGGGAGACCUUGUAUAAGUCUGUUUCCUGUGACCUGGAGCCUCUCAGCACCCCGGUGGUGACUUCCACCCCCACCUGCAGUACUUACCUUUCCGUGUUCACAUUUGCGUGUCCUGAGCUGGACUCUCUUACAGAGGAGGGCCUAGACGGCCUUAAAGGUGGUUUGAGUAAGGCUGAAUCUCUCGAUAUCCUUAACUCUCCAACUCUCCUCGCCUUAUAACUCAAAGAGGGAAAUGAUAUCCCUGAUCUCUCUGGUUUUUCUCUAGGUACUUGACAAAAAAGAAAUCAACAACAUAUGCCCAAAUAUGCUGUAACUGUUCAAGGAAUAGCUAUAAAAUGAAUUGUCUUGUGUUUGACUAAGCAUAUAAACUUUGUUCUGAUAGCCAACAGAGUGAUGUAGCCAAAAGCAUGGCUGUUAAUUCAGCACGAGGGACUGACGUUUUGAUUUUAAAACGCAUGCAGAGAAAAUUGAAAUCAUUUUCGAAGCUAAUCAAUAAGUAUUCAUGAUCUGUUAAUAGGUCUAAAGUGUACUGUGCAAUUUGAUGUAUCUCUAUGGUGUUUUUGUGCCAAAAAUGUAUUGAUUGCUGUAUUUAAAUAUUCAUCCAUACCUCAGUGUCAUCAGCUGUGCUUUGACCUCAUUGUUGAAAUGUUGAAGGUUUUCCAUGAAAACAUCCAGUGCUAUACACUAUAUAUCUUAUUGAGAUGUAACUUUUAUUUAUUUUUUUACCUUUAAGAUUUUGACUUGUUAACAUUUUAAAAAAGAGAGCAUUGAUUGUUAAUCUAUGCUGCUGCCUAAUAACAAUAAAUCUAUGUUCCCAAUACUGU